ACCUUCUCGGGGUCUCCCCCCCACCCUGGUUGCUAAGGCCCAGACCGUCAUCCCAGCAACAGCCUCAGUCAUGUGACCGGCAAUGGCGGCGCUGACAAGAGUCCUGGUCAGCUAAGUGUGGAAACAGAGGGAUUUCUGCUGCUCUCAUCGUCCAUGGGCUUUCCAGGUCACACAACCUACAAGUAGGGAGCAGGAACAGAGAGAGAGAGCCUGCAUGCCAAUUCUAAGCUCUUCAGGAUCAAAUGUCGUUCGUCCUGUCCAGAAUGGCAGCCUGUGGAGGCACCUGCAAGAACAAAGUGACUGUCUCCAAGCCUGUGUGGGACUUCCUCAGCAAGGAGACCCCUGCCCGGCUGGCCCGGCUUCGGGAGGAGCACCGUGUGUCCAUUCUCAUAGACGGCGAGACUUCUGACAUCUAUGUCCUCCAGCUUUCCCCUCAGGGCCCUCCCCCAGCCCCUCCCAAUGGGCUCUACCUGGCCCGGAAGGCUCUCAAGGGGCUGCUCAAAGAGGCAGAGAAAGAGCUGAAGAAAGCUCAGAGGCAGGGGGAGCUUAUGGGCUGCCUGGCUUUGGGGGGUGGGGGGGAGCACCCUGAGCUGCACCGCCCAGGCCCGCCCCCUCUCCGAGCAGCCCCACUCCUGCCCCCAGGGGCACGGGGGCUGCCCCCCCCUCCUCCUCCCCUGCCCCCUCCUCUUCCCCCCCGCCUUCGGGAGGAGGCAGAAGAGCAGGAGAGCACCUGCCCCAUCUGUCUGGGGGAGAUCCAGAAUGCCAAGACAUUAGAGAAGUGCCGGCACUCAUUCUGCGAGGGCUGCAUCACCCGGGCCCUGCAGGUGAAAAAGGCCUGCCCCAUGUGUGGCCGCUUCUAUGGGCAGCUGGUGGGCAACCAGCCCCAGAAUGGGCGGAUGCUGGUCUCUAAGGAUGCCACACUCCUCCUACCCAGCUAUGAGAAGUACGGCACCAUCGUCAUCCAGUACGUCUUCCCGCCCGGUGUCCAGGGGGCUGAACACCCAAACCCAGGAGUUCGGUAUCCUGGCACCACACGGGUGGCCUACCUCCCAGACUGCCCUGAGGGCAACAAGGUGCUGAGCCUGUUCCGCAAGGCAUUUGACCAGCGCCUCACCUUCACCAUCGGCACGUCCAUGACCACAGGGAGACCGAAUGUCAUCACCUGGAACGACAUCCACCACAAGACCAGCUGCACAGGGGGACCGCAGCUGUGCGAGACGCCUUCUUCCCUUCCCUUGACUCCACCCCUUCUCCCCACUUCUCUCGGGGAGCCUCCUAACUGGAGAGGACCACCCCCAAACUAUUCAACCAUAUUGCCUGUCCCAGUUUCUCCUGUAGUCAUCCUGGUCCUAAUGUGCCCAGCUUAACCUACAAAACUAAGCAGAAUUGGGCUCAGUUAUCUUGGGUUUGGAUAAUCUCAGGGAAGGUGGGGAGGGGCUAGAAUGGGGCACCAGAAUGAGGGUGAGCCUGGGGGUAAUAUGAGUAAGCCUGAACGGCUAACCCUGACCCUCAUUUCUCUUUGCUCCCAGGUUUGGGUACCCGGACCCCACCUACCUGACCCGGGUGCAAGAGGAGCUGAGAGCCAAGGGCAUCACCGAUGACUGAAGGACAUCCCCUUUGGGAGGCCCCUGCUGUUCUCCUUCAGUAGGACCCAGUGGGAGCCUCUGUUGUCUCUCCCUCUGUCCCCCUCAUCACUCAAGUGGGGGACUGUCUGACUGGGGAAGGGGUUCAGAGGAGGACGGGUGAUCCCUCCCCAGUCCCCCACAGGCUGAGUGCUUCAGUGCAGUGUGAGCCACUCCCUUCUGGCAGAGUCUGACGUCCCAGGCUCUGCUCCCCUCCUCCCCCUGUACAUACUCCCAGUCUUCCUGCCCCCUCCAUUGCCCUUGGCUUUUUCUGGUUUGUGAUGUGCUCCAGUGACUAAGCUGAGAAAGGACCUGGGUGGGGAGGAGAGGGUCUCUUGAUCCCCCCACCCCAUACUGCUCCACUGCUGAAUUUCUGCUCGGGGAGGGGGGUCAGGCUGCUGUGAGUCCCCGUAGAGCCGGCCGCAUAUGUUCUUCAGAAACAAUACCCCUUCUCCCUUAACCUUGUCCUUUCUCUCCUGUGUCUCUGUCUUUGUCAGUCUUUCUCCCACUCUUCUCUGCCCCCUAGAAGGAGCCUCCUUACCCUGUUCUGGAAUCGCCGCCAGACUGUAGCUUUUAAUUUAAUAAAAAUAAAGUAAAAUAUGCA